GUUUCCACUAGUAAUAUUAUGUCAAAUACAGAAUACUUCUAAAAAAAUACCAAUUAUAUCAUGUGAUUUUUGCUUAAAGCUUUAGGAAAUUAGUACCAGCAUUUUACAUUGGUUAACAGCAAAGUAAACAUUACCGCUCAGCUCCAACAUAUGCAGAUUGCCUGUACCAGGGAUCCUGUCAAAAUACACACCGUUUAUAGCUUCUUAAGUGUAGUUAUCAUAGAGCACAGUCCCUGACAACACACAGCUGCAGACAUGAAUAAACAAAGAGGAACCUUCUCAGAAGUGAGUCCGGCCCAGGAUCCAAAGAGGCAGCAAAGGAAACUUAAAGGCAAUAAAAGCUCCAUUUCAGGAAUCGAACAGGAAAUAUUCCAAGUAGAAUUAAACCUUCAAAAUCCUUCUCUGAAUCAUCAAGGGAUUGAUCAAAUAUAUGACUGCCAAGGUUUACUGCCACCUCCAGAGAAGCUCACUGCUGAGGUCCUGGGAAUCAUUUGCAUUGUCCUGAUGGCCACUGUGUUAAAAACAAUAGUUCUUAUUCCUCGUAAGCUCCUGGAGCAGAGCAAUUCUUCCCCGAAUACAAGAACCCAGAAAGCACGUCAUUGUGGCCAUUGUCCUGAGGAGUGGAUUACAUAUUCCAACAGUUGUUAUUACAUUGGCAAGGAAAGAAGAACUUGGGCAAAGAGUUUGCUGGCCUGUGCUUCAAAGAACUCCAGUCUGCUUUCUAUAGAUAAUAAAGAAGAAAUGAAAUUUCUGACCGCCAUUUUAUCUUCCUCAUGGAUUGGUGUGUUUCGUAACAGCAGUCAUCAUCCAUGGGUGACAAUCAACGGUCUGACUUUCAAACAUGAGAUAAAAGACUCCGAUAAUGCUGAACAUAACUGUGCAAUGCUACAUGCACGCGGACUUUCAUCAGACCAGUGUGGAUCUUCCAAAAUAUAUCAUUGUAAGCAUAAGCUUUAGAAGUAAAGCGUUUGCAUUUGCAGUGCAUCAGAUAAAUUUUAUAUUUCUGAAAAUAGAAAUAAUAUUAUGAUUGCAUAAAUCUUGAAAUGAAUUAUGUUAUGUGCUCUAAUAAGAAAAUUCUAAAUCAAUUAUUGAAAUAGGAUAUACACAAUUACUAAAGUACAGAUAUCCUAGCAUUUGUGUCGGGCUCAUUUUGCACAACAUGAUAUAUGUGGUAUUCAGCCUUUCUAAAAGUUGCAUAUUAUAUGAGUCGGUUUAUAUGAAGUAUCAAGAACAAGCAAACCCAUGGAGACACAAAGUAGAAUAGUGGUUGCCAGUGCCUAAGGGAGGUGGAAAUAGGAGAUGAUCACUAAUUGAUAGAACGUUCCUUUGUGUCAUGAUGAAAACUUUCUAAAUUUCAGUAGUGGUGAUGGUUGUAACUCUGUGAAUAUACUAACCAUCAUUGAUUUUUAAUCAUUCUAAGUGGAUGAAAUUUAUGCUUUGUACAUGACACUUCAAUAAAGCUAUCAGGAAAAAAAAAAAGCCUCUCAUGAGAUCGUUUGUGACUGCAUUUAUUCUCUAAUUUUCAAAGAUUAGCUUCUUUAUAAUAUUGACUUUUCUAAUCAACAUAAAGUAUUUCCUUCAAUGUACUGUGUUAUCUUUA